UUCCGCGCGUCGGCGAGGCGGCAGUGCAGGGCGGCGCGGGCGCGUGAGCGCGGCCGGAGCCCCUCACGGCGCCGCGACCCUCGGGCCCGCAGCGGCUCCGCGCGGCCUCACUCGCCCUCGGCUUUGGCCUCCUUUCUUCCAUCGUGUUCAGACCUUCCGGCGGAAAAGGCCCUGGUGGGGUUGAUCUGCAGCGGCUGAUGAGCCAGCGGCGCGCCCAGUCUCUGAAAUCCAUCAUGGACUUCUUGUUUCAACCCGAGUUCUGCCAUUUUAUUGGUGGAUUUCUCGCUGGAAUACUUGUGGGAUGGGACAUUCACAGAAAAUUUUCAAAGCCCGAAGAUAGAAAUGCUUCAUCUGCACCCGAAAACAAUCUGGAGAGCGACGGUGACAUCAUGGGAGAGUCAGGGGAGUUCAAGAUGGUGCUGAUUGUCCGCAAUGAUUUGAAGAUGGGAAAGGGUAAAGUAGCAGCACAGUGUUCCCACGCUGCUGUUUCUGCUUACAAGCAAGUCCAGAAAAGAAAUCCUGAACUCCUGAAACAGUGGGAGUACUGUGGCCAACCUAAAGUGGUGCUCAAAGCUCCGGAUGAAGAGACACUGCUCCAACUCCUGACCAAUGCCAAGCAGCUUGGGCUGACUGUGAGCUUAAUCCAAGAUGCAGGUCGUACUCAGAUAGCUCCAGGCUCCAAGACAGUCCUUGGUAUAGGGCCAGGACCAGCUGAUGUCAUAGAUAAAGUUUCUGGUCAUCUAAAACUCUUCUGACCUGGGGACCAAAGCAGUGUGAAUGCAGUGAUGUGGAUCAGUACAGAAGGGGUCAACCCAGAGUUUGGGGGAUUUUUCCCUGUCUUCUCUCUGGGUAAAUAAAAAACCAGUUUUUGC